GAUGGUGAUGAAAGGCGGACUAAUUACCUAAAAACAAAAUUGUACUAUAACAGCCAAUAACAAUUAACUGAUGUAAAUAUGAUGAAUAUUAUUCUAUUAUUGGACUCAUUGGGGUGAGUGGACAGGAAUUGAUCAAAGGUCUAGAAUCCUGCAUCUGUGCUUUUCAAGUCAAAUGAAAUGUACUAAUGCAUAAGACCAGAAACAGUGCAAGAAAUCAAAAUAAAAUACUACCCACUUAAUAAAUAAAUAAAAAAAAAAUCAAGAGAGAAAAAGCCUCGUAAAAAAUUCAAUGAACUCCUAACCAGCGACACUGUUUUUUAUCACCUUGAAUCAACUUUGCCUCGGCCAUGGCCCUGGACAUUCUACAAGACAUCUUCUUAAUCUCCAUAACUCUAGUAUUCCAAGUCUCUUGCCAUGAGGAGAGUUUCAGUUCUUUCACUCCACCAACUUGUCUGAACGAGUCGGUCAAAGACCAGAUACUUAGGCUGGCAAAUGAUCAUGAAACAGUGGACUGGAUGAAGCAGAUAAGGAGGAAAAUACACGAGUACCCUGAACUUGCAUAUGAAGAAGUUGAGACUGGUGAGCUUAUUAGGCAUGAACUUGAUCUGCUUGGUGUUCCUUACCGAUGGCCUGUGGCUACAACUGGUGUGGUGGCUACAAUUGGGUCUGGUUCUCCACCUUUUGUUGCUUUAAGAGCUGAUAUGGAUGCUUUACCUAUUCAGGAAUUGGUGGAAUGGGAGCAUAAAAGCAAAGUAGAUGGCAAAAUGCAUGCCUGUGGCCACGAUGCCCAUGUUGCCAUGCUGCUUGGAGCAGCAAAGAUACUGCAAAAAUUGCGAUGCGCGUUACAGGGAACCGUAGUUCUAAUUUUUCAACCAGCUGAGGAACGGGGUGAAGGAGCUAAAGACAUGAUCAAAGAGGCGGUGCUUGAAAAUGUAAAGGCCAUUUUUGGGUUGCAUCUGGUGCAUGGAUAUCCAGCUGGUGUUGUUGCCACACGACCUCAGGAAUUUCUAGCAGGGUGUGGGAGCUUUAAAGCCACAAUUAUUGGAAAAGGAGGUCAUGCUGCAAUUCCCCAACACACCAUUGAUCCAAUUUUAGCAGCUUCAACAGCAGUAAUAAGCCUACAAAAUAUAGUUUCAAGGGAAACAGACCCUUUAGAUUCUCAGGUGGUCUCAGUAGCAAUGAUUCGUGGUGGAACCGCAUUCAAUGUCAUCCCAGACUCAACAACGAUAGCUGGAACUUUCAGAGCUUUCAGAAAGAAGAGCUUCAAUGCACUCAGAGACAGAAUAGAAGAGGUAAUUAAAGCUCAGGCAGCUGUACAUCGGUGCUCUGCUAAGAUCGACUUCUCAGGAAAGGAUCAUCCGAUGAUUCCUCCAACUGUCAAUGAUGAAAAAGUAUAUGAACAUGUAAUGCGUGUGUCCAGGGAGAUAGUAGGAGAAGAAAACACAAAACUAGCUCCGACUUUCAUGGGGAGCGAAGACUUUGCUUUCUACUUAGACAAGGUUCCUGGAUCGUUCCUCUUUUUAGGCAUUACCAAUGACAAAACUGGAGCCAUACAUCCUCCACAUAGUCCUUAUUUCACCAUUGAUGAGGAUGUGUUUCCCAUUGGGGCAGCAAUUCAUGCAGCAUUUGCACUUUCAUUUCUCUCGAAUUCUGCAACAAGUUCAAUUUGAUUCCUAUUGCUAAAUUGUUUUAGUACCGAUCGUUCUAUUCCUUCUAAUCUA